AUGAACGAUAACAAUAAUAAUUAUACCAAUAAUGAAGAAAUUAUUAAUCAACUUAAAUCCAAAAACCAAGAAACUGAAACUAAAAUUUUAAAACUCUAUAAUGCCGUAAAAAUUGACAAAAUUAAAAGAAAACAAGAAUUUGAAAAUAUUGAAGAACAAAAUAGAAAAUUAUCAAUUCAAAUCAUUGAUUUAAAUAAUAAAAUUGAAGUAACAAAUAAUUCAAAUGAAAAAGAGAUUGAAUUAUUAAGAAAUCAAAUUCAAAAAGAAAAAGAUAAAUUUGAAAAUGGGUUAAUAAAAAGUAAAGAAUUUGAAAAGUCUUAUAAUUCAAGUUCACCAUUAAACAAUUCACAAUCAUUUAGACAAUUAAAAGAAUUUGAAAUUAAUUGUCACCAUUUAGAAACUAAACUUAAUGAUUCAUCAAUUAUUAAUUCAAGUAAAACCAAUCAUUUAAAUCAAUUAAUAACUUCAACUGAAUCAAAAAUUGAAAAUCAUAAUAAAAUAUUACAAGAAAAAGAAAGAAUUAAAAAUAAUAAAAUUGAAUAUGAAUUAUUAUUAGAAGAGUUAGAUAAAAUUAAUAAAAGUGUAAAUUUAACGAAUAGUGGACCAAAUAGUAUGUACAUUACAAUAUUGGAUAAUGAAAUUAUGAAUAAUUUAGUAAUCUCUUUAGAAAAUAAUAUUAAAACUUUAAAAUCACCAAAUUCAUCAACAACUUCAUUCAUUAGUAGUAAUGGUGGUAGUAGCAAUGGUGGUAGUUCAAUCAUUAGUAGUAAUGGUUCAUCAGAUAGUAGUUUAAGUUUUGAAAAUUUAUCAAAAUUAUUAAUUAAACAAAGUUCAUUCGAUAGUAAUAAUUUACAUAAAAAGAAAGAAACUAAUGAAUUACAACAACAACAACAACAACAACAACAACAACAACAACAACAACAACAACAACAACAACAACAACAACAAAUAGAAACAACAGCAACAACAACAACAGUAUUGUUAACAGCAGAAGAAGAAUUUAAUAAAAAGAUUGAAUCAAUACAAAUUAAACAAAAAGAGAGGAAAAUGAAAAUUAAAGAGAGUUUAUCAAAUUCGAAUAAUAAUUUACCAAUUUUUGCAUUUGAAAAUUCAAUUAGGUAUCCGAUAAAUAUUAUUACACCAACGAUAACGUACCAGUUAAGUUAUAGUUUAGAAUUUGAUACUAUUCAAAGUUUAUCAAAUAAAAUUUAUCAACAUAUUGAUUCAAUUGAUGCAGUGAUUUUAAAAAGGUUAAGAAUCUACUCAAUGGAACAAUUAAUUUUAAAAACUUCAUCAAAUUAUUAUUUUCAAGCGGUAUCACAAAAUCAACAACCUUUAAAAUAUAUACCAUACUUUUCAAAUAUAAAUAAAAAUCAGUCAAUUGAUUUAUAUAUAGUUUCAAAAUUUGUUGAAGAUGAAUUUAAUACUCAAAUGUCAACGAUUUUAGGAAACGAUUUAUUAUUAGAGAAUAAUAGAUCAACUGAAGAAUCAAUUAGUUUUAGAAAUAAAAUGAUUAAAUUUUUAGAUCAAGUUAAAUCUCAUCAAAUUCAAUUAGAUAAUGAAACAACUUUAUUACAAUCAUCAUCAUCAACAACAACAACAACACCAACAAUAACAACACCACCAAACAUACUUGGUAAUAAUAUAUCACCUUUUUCAUCACCACCAACUUCACCAAAUUCUUCAAUGUCAUCAUUACCUUCUUUAAAAUCAUCAACUUCUCAACUUUCUUUAAUAAUUGGUAAUUCUCGUCCACUAUCACAAAGUUGUAAUAGUUUAAAUAAUUUACAAGAUAAUAACAAUAAUAAUAAUAAUAAUAAUAAUAAUAGUAUAACAAAUAGUAAAUCAUCAUCAUCAAAUAAUUUAUUUAAAUCAAUUUUAAAAUCAAAUGCAAUUAAUAUUGCAAUGAAUAAUAAUAAUAGUAGUAAUAAUAAUAAUGAAGAAUUUGAACAGUUUAUUGGUAAUAGUUGGAAAUCAUGUUCACCAUCAUCAUCAUCAUUAAAUAAAAGAUUAUUAAUGUUUAGUCCAUCAACAUCACCAAUGUCAUCAUUGUCAUCAUCACCAAUGUCAUCAUCACCAUCAACAUCAAUGAUAUCAUUACCAAAUUUUAUGAUAUUAAAACAAAAAUCAAUAAAUAAUUUAAAUUUAAGUUCAAAUUGGUCAUUGACAGAAUCAAAUUGUACAAUUAGAUUAUAUAUUACAAAGAAUAUAAUUAAAACAUUUGUUUGUAGUAUUCAAAGUACAAUUGGUGAAUUAAAAGAAUUGAUAUUUAAAAAGUUUCAAAAAAUAAUCGAAUCUGAGCAUCACGAAAUUCAAUCGAAUAAAUUUUUAAUUAAAAUUCGUGGUCUUGAAAUUUAUUUAACAAAUCAACAAUCUCAAUUAUCUUCAAUUGGUUAUAUAAAUUCAAAAUCUAGAAGACAAAAGAAAAUUGAUUUAUUAUUGAUUUUAAUUAAUCAAUUUAAUAUGAUUGAAAUAAAUAAAUUUCAAUUGGAUUCAUAUGAUUUUCAAUUUAAUCAACAACUUGAAAAGAAUAUUUUCUUUGACCAACAAUUGAAUGAGAAUAUAUUCCCAUCGAAUCUAUCAUAUGGGUGUGGUAAAAAUUUUAAAAUUAGAAUUGGUAGUUUAAAAAAUUUCGAUAUUUCAAGAAUUGGUAAACUUUAUGGUAUAAAGAAUACAAGUUCUUCUAAAAUCUAUGUUUUAGCACAAAUUUAUCAAGGUGAAUUUUAUAAAAUUUCAAAUGAAAUGCAAACUCCGAAAUUACCAUUAUCAAGCAAUCCAAGUUGGUUAUGUACCUUGGAAGGUCCAUCAUUCAAUCAAAUUCCAUCAAAUGCAAUCAUUUCUUUAAAAGUUUUAAUUAAUGAUACAAUCAUUGGUUGGAUAAAUUAUCAUAUUUGGAAUUAUAAAAAUAAAUUAAAUACUGGUUUUAUGAAUUUAAAAUUAUGGUCAAAUGAUAAAAUUUUUAAUCCAACUUAUUUACAUAGAAAUUAUUUUAAUAAAAAUAAAAAUCAAAAUCAAAAUAAUAAUAAUAAUUUUACAAAUUAUAAUGAAAGUAAUGAAGAUGAUUUUGAAACGUUAAUGCUAUCAUUUGAAAUUGAUUUAUCAUUACAAUCAAUUUACUUCUCACCAGAACCAUUAGAUAAUCAUCAAUUACAAAUACUUGAAGAAAAGUAUUUCAUGUCAACAAUGUCAACACCAGAUUCAAAUCAAAAUCAGUUAAUUAUAAAUUCAAUUUUGAAAAAGGAUGUAUUAACAGAUUUAAAAAAAGAAGAAAAAGAAUUAAUUUGGAAGAAUAGAAAUUAUUGUAAAAAUCAAAUGAAUAAUUCAAUUUCAAAAUUAAUUUUAUCUGUGCCUUGGAAUGAUAGUGAAUCAGUUCAAGAGUUUUAUUGGUUAUUAAUGAAUUGUCCACAAUUUGAAAAUCCAAUUGAUAGUUUAGAAUUAUUAAGUCAAUCAUUCCUAGAUAGACAAGUUAGAAAUUUUGCAAUUCAAAAUCUUUGUAAAAUGAAUGAUGAUGAUAUCACUAUGUAUCUUCCACAAUUAAUUCAAGCAAUUAAACAUGAACCACAUCAUUAUUCAAUACUUUCAAAAUUCCUAAUUCGUCGUGUUUUAUUAAAUAAACAAAAUAUGGCUCAUAUUUUCUUUUGGCAAAUUAAAGCUGAAAUUUUAACUUUAAAAAAUGGUAUUAAUCCAAAUGAAAUUAAUGAUAAUAAUAAUAAUAUUGAUAAUAAUGGUGAUAAUAAUAAUAAUAAUAAUAAUAAUAAUAAUAAUAAUAAUAAUAAUAAUUAUAAUAAUGAUAAUGAUAAUGAUAAUUAUAUUACAAAUAAUUCAGAAUUUAAUAAUAAUAAUAAUAAUUCAGUAAUUCAAUAUCCACAAUGGUUAGAAAGGUAUCAAUUAAUUUUAGAAAUUUUUUUAAGAGGUUGUAGUGAUGAAAAAUUAUUAGAAAUUUAUAAACAAUAUCAAAUGUAUAGUAAAAUUAAACAAGUUGCACUUGGUGUAAAAAAUGUACCAAAUAAUAAAAGAAAAGAUUAUUUAAUUCAAGUUUUAGGUGGUGGUGGUAGUAAUGGUGGUAAUGGUAAUAAUGAUUUAUUAAAUUAUCAAGAAGAUUUUAAAACACCAAUUAAUCCAGAAUUUAGAGGUAAAAGAAUUGAUGUUAAUGGUUGUAAAGUUAAAGAAUCAAAAACUUUACCAUUAUUUUUAUCAAUUGAAAAUUAUGAUCCGAUGGGUGAUAAUAGUUUUGUGAUUUUUAAAGCUGGUGAUGAUUUAAGACAAGAUCAAUUAGUUAUUCAAAUGAUUAAUAUUAUGGAUAAGAUGUGGUUGGAUGAUGGUAUAGAUUUACAAACUAUUACUUAUAGAUGUAUUGCAACGGGUCCAAUGGAGGGUAUGAUUGAGGUUGUUGGUGACUCAAUUACAAUUGCAGAGAUUCAAAAACAACAAGGUGGUAUCACUGCUGCAUUCUCAGAGACUGUGAUCUCUCAAUGGUUAAAACAAGAGAACCCAUCAGAAUUGGAGUAUAGUAAUGCCGUUGAAAAUUUCAUUAGAUCUUGUGCUGGUUGUUGUGUUUAUUCUUAUAUAUUGGGUAUUGGUGAUAGACAUAAUGACAAUAUUAUGAUCACAAAAUCUGGCCAUCUAUUUCAUAUUGAUCAUGGUAGAUUCUUGGGAAAUGUUCAAACUUGGAAUGGAAUAAAAAGAGAGAGGGCUCCCUUUGUAUUCACCAAUGCAUUUGCAAAUGUAAUUGGUGGUGAAAACAAUUUCAAAAAUUUCGAAGACCUAUGUUCAAGAGCUUACAAUACAAUUAGAAAACAUGCAAAUGUCAUCCUCAACCUUUUCCUAAUGAUGGUUGGUGGUGGUUUACCAGAAUUAAGUAAAAAAUCUGAUAUCUAUUAUCUUCGUGAUGCUUUAGCUUUAGAUCUAACAAAUGAACAAGCUGCAAUUAAAUUCUCAAAUAUGAUUCAAGAAUCUUUAGUUUCAAGAUCAACUGAUUUAAAUUUUGCUGUUCAUAUUUUAGCAAAUCCAAAUUAA